AUGAUGGCCCCGUAUCAACCGGCUUCCGGGGCCUCAGAUUCGAGUCCCGCCGCAUCGAUCAGUAACGCACAAGGUUCAGCACAGCAGACGCCUGGCGGAAACGCAAACCAAGCACCUCAACACAAGCGCGUAUAUCAAGCUUGUAUCCCUUGUCGGCGGCGCAAAGUGCGAUGCGAUCUUGGCAGCGUCGACAACCCCCACGAUCCUCCGUGUGUGCGCUGUCGUCGCGAGAGCAAAGAUUGCUAUUUCAGUGCUACUCGUCGCAAGCGCAAGACUGAUGACGAUGGAAGUGAUCAGGACGAUUACAUCACGAGAAAUGGUCGCAAGCGAACUAAUAGAAAUGCGAGCCCUCCGCCAUUCAUCGAACGCAGAUCCUACAGCAAUGUUCCCUUGACCCCGGGAGGUUCCCGAGGACAGUCCCAGCCGCUCCGUCGUCCUGAUGGUAACCGGGCUGGUCGCGGGAGGGAUGAGUGGGGGGCGGAAGGUGAUGCCAACCAGACUCUUGAGAACAUCGAAGCUCAGACGGUGAUGCGGCGAGGCGUAUUUGGUCCCCAGGAUGCACUGGACCUGUUGUAUAAAGCUGCAACGGAUAGUCCCGCUGUUGACCGUGAACGCAGAGAAAGCACUUCAUCUGCUCAUCCUGCGCCCCCUCGACCCCCACCUGAGGAUACUGGCCCUUAUGGUUAUGUCCCCAGAUCGACUUCCAAACCACCAAAAACGGAACAGCCCAUCGAUCCUGAGCUUUCACGGCCCGAGCUUAGCUCGCAGCCCGGGUAUGCUGAAGCUAUCAAGGCAUGGCAACGCUUCCGUUUUGUUCGUGCUGGUUGGUUCACAGCCCUGGAAGCGAUCGAAUACAUUGACUAUUACUACAAAUACUUGUCUCCCCUGACACCUAUAUCGCCGCCCACGUUCAGCAACCCUGCAUCUCAUGUCACUUUACUUUACGAAGAGCCUAUUUUGACCGUUACGCUGCUGACGAUUGCCUCGCGAUACCGUCAAAUGCCCGGUACUGGUGGUCAUUGCCGAUCGCACGCAAUCCAUGAGCAACUAUGGAUGUAUUUACGGGGAAUGAUCGAGCGAUGUUUGUGGGGACAGGAAGCCUUUGGUGGUGGCUUUUGCGUGCCACCAAGCACCAGUGCUAUUUUUGACGAGUCUCAAACGAGCAGUACGGCACCUUGGCGCGGACUCCGCAAGGGCAGUUUGCGAACCCUGGGAACGAUUGAGUCGUUAAUGAUUCUGACCGAGUGGCACCCUCGCGCCCUGCACUUCCCGCCCACCGAGGCCACCGAUGAACUAGUUCUUCCUAUGGAAGCCAGCUUCCAAGCUAUCACAGCUGCCGACGAGGACCCAAGCAAGACUUUGGGCACUGGUUUCGGCGGCAAGAGGAUUGAGAGCUGGCUCGAGCCCGCGUGGAGAAGUGACCGAAUGUGCUGGAUGUUGCUCAGCACUGCAAAUGGACUGGCAUAUGAGCUGGGUGUCUUUGAUGAUAUCGAUGAGCUACUGAGAGACGACGCUAUUACUCGCCCCGAGUAUCAAGAAGAAUCGUACCGGCAGAGAGCUUUCCGAAUUAAACGUCUCUUGCUUAUCUAUACCACGCAACUGGCAGGUAGGCUCGGCUGGACCAACAUGGCUCCAGCUCAUCUCAGGAGAAGCGAUCCUGCUCUGGCUCGAUUCCGACCUACGUCAGUGGAUGGAACAACUCCUGGGACGAACCCUUCUUCGUUGUCUAACCACUUCAACUAUGUCCCUGAUCUAGAACUGGAUGACCAAAUCAUUCAUUGCUGGGCCGGCAUCAGCAAUGCUAUGGAGAUGGGUAACGAAAAGAUUUUCCGUUCACGGAAGUAUACCACACAAAUCAUCCAGAAUGGAAAGUACAUAAGCAUCCUCAAGGAGUUUGAGCCUCUUCUCCGCGAUUGGUGGAGAGAAUUCGAGCUGUUCCGUCUGCCCGAGUUUAUCAGACACAUUCUGACGAUCGAGUAUCAAUAUGUGCGCAUCUACAUCAACUCUCUUUCACUUCAAGCCGUUGUCGAACGCUGCACCAACCAGGCUGGGGCGACAGCCAACUCGGGGCACCAUGGAGCUUCAGCUGUGAAUGGUCACCCACAGUUGUCGCCUCAGACUAUGAUCAAUUAUGGGAAGCUUCCGCUGGGUCAGCUUGGUGGGUUCACUGCCCAUGACCAGGAGUAUAUCCGUGAAGUGGUUGAGGGAAGUCGAAACCUUCUUCGCACAGUUGUCGAGGGUCUUCUGCCUGGCGACUAUCUCAAGCAUGCUCCCGUACGAACAUAUUUCUGCAUCAUCAGUGGUGCCAUGUUCCUGCUCAAGACCUUUGCUCUCGGUGCCCCAAGAUCAGACGUCAGAAUGAGCAUCGAAUUGAUGGACGCAACUGUUGAGGCGCUGAGAAACUGUGUCGUGGACGACGUCCAUCUGGGAAUCCGUUUUGCAGACCUUCUUGAGUCUCUGACGAGCCGCCUCCGCAACCGAUUCAUCCAGGCUCCCACCAUGCAGCAGGCUUCUGGCAGGGGUCAAAGUCCCGUUCCAGAUGGCCAGACCCAAAAUGGUGAUAGUGUUGCUGCGAAUGGCGACGGUAAUGCCAACUGGGUCGGUGGUCAUGCUCAGAGACUCCGAGAUGGGCUCAGCGGAAACGCGCCAGCUCAGGCUCCUACUCACGAGGCCAACAAUAUUUCAGCGACUCCAUUUGAUCUAUCGGCCCAGAACUUCCCCUAUCCUGGGCAGGGCUCGAUGGGUCCAUCCACACCUACAGUGGUGGACAAUGCGGUUGCCAAUAUGGAUGUCAGCCUCUUUGAAGACUGGAACCACCAAGGCAACGAGAUGUGGUAUCUGCCUCCUGGCCCAGCUUUCUUCCAAAACGUGGAGAAUCCCUCCGUUGCCAUGGGACCUGAAGGUGUCAACGUUGGUGGUCUCGAUCUUCUUGAGUACAUGGCCAUGGAUCCCUCUCAAUUCCCCGGACUGGAUCCGUCUUCUGGUCCACCAACAAGCCACGCCUAG